GUUGGAUGUAAACAUUGUUUGUUUGACAGCUUUGUGACUACGUGACAUCGCAUCCAAGUAAACUCUCUCAACUAUGGCAGAAACUGCUCCCGCGGCUGCUCCGGCAAAAGCUCAGAAGAAGAAGACGGCAAAGGCGAAAAAGUCUGGACCAAGCGUAUCCGACCUUAUCGUGAAAGCCAUCGCUGCUUCCAACGAGCGUAAAGGAGUUUCUCUUGCUGCACUGAAGAAGGCUUUGGCAAGUGGUGGAUAUGAUGUUGAGAAAAACAAUUCUCGCGUCAAGAUCGCUUUGAAAUCACUCGUGAACAAAGGGGCGCUUGUUCAAACCAAAGGCACCGGCGCCUCCGGAUCUUUCAAGGUGGGCAAAAAAACAGCCGCCAAACAACCGGUGAAGAAAGUUGCGGCCAAACCGAAGAAACCAGCCGCGAAAAAGCCGGCGGCCAAGCCAGCGGUCAAAGCCGCUAAACCGAAGAAGGCAGCGGUAAAGAAACCUGCACCGAAGAAGUCUCCCAAGAAAGUCAAGAAACCGGCCGCCAAGCCGAAAGCCGCCAAAAGCCCGAAGAAGGUGAAGAAACCGGCCGUGAAGAAAGUUGCAAAGAGUCCUAAGAAGGUCAAAGCAGUGAAGCCCAAAGCUGCGAAACCCAAAGCAGCCAAGGCGAAGAAGGCCGCCAAGAAGAAGUAGACUGACAGACUUUAUUCCAUAAACUUUAAGGCUCUUCUAAGAGCCACCCCAUCUUCAGAAAAAGUGCAUAUGUUCCCGGUGCAUGUAUGAAGGCUUGUCUUUUUUUGUUGGACUGCGACAAUGCUUUCUUACUGGUGUGUGAGAUCGUGUUUUGUAUAGAGUUUUAACUCGUUGCUUUUUAACAUCACCAGCGAGUAGAACAAUGCAGUGAAAGACGUUUAUUAAGAUUUGUCAGUUUGUAAUAUAAAUGACAGCCUCUACCUCUGUAACUGACGUACAAAUCCGAUUACUAUGUGUAGAUUUCCAAUCCUCCAGCGGAAGAAUCCACCGGUUGGAAAGUGUCCAAAAUGUGCAUACGUUAACAUAUACAAAUAUGUUGUGUUGAUAAUUAUUCAUGUGAGGGCGUACGUGCACUUAUGCCUACGUGGGUGCCUACUCAAUAUGAUGGGUGUUUUAUAGGCUUAACUAUGAUUAAUGCUAUGUUUGUUAUUAUUUUGUAUUCGAAUAUAUGAGACAUUCGUGUAAAUAUAGCAAUAAAAAAACAAGCAUUUAAAUUAUUCAUUGUUCAGUGACAGUUUGUUAAUGUUGGGAAAUAUUCCAAUCAGUCAAAUUGCUUGUCUGUUCUUUGUAUAUUUUUCCUGCUAAUUUACCAUUUAUUAACGAUUAUAUAUUUUGUCAAAAUCUUGUAUAAAACUAAUAAAUACAGUAUCUGAA